CGACACACGUGCAGGCAUUACAAUCACGGAGCAAGAAUUUAGUGGAGCCUUUAAAGUUUCUGGGACUGUACUGUUAUGGGAAGAAGAAAACUUUCGAGUAAGGGAUCUACUCAAGAAAACCCACCGAAAAAGGGUCCUGGGAGGAAGGCAAAGAAGCAACCAGCGCCAAAGUUACCGAAACAGUUAGGUAAGCAAAGUAACCAUUCAAUGUGAUCCAGUAAGGAACAAAACAAAACCAAGCUAAAUCUUCAUCAUCACGAAGUAGAAGUAGGGACUGAUUUUGAAAGUUUAAAAGGACUUAUGAGAUGUGACAUGGCCAUUAGGUGUGGUUGUUUAAAAUCUUGUGAACGAUUGUAACGGAGCCCUUUAGGGACAAUUUAUGUUACUUCACGAUUCAUUUAGUCAUUCAGAAACGAAUUCAUCCAAAGCAUCUCUUUCAUAGCAAUAAAACAUACCAGGCCUAGGGCUUAAAUCAUGAAACAGCGUAGAUUUGUAUUGUGAUUCAAAGUUUCAUAUUAGACUUAACAAGUGGAUUCUUUUUUGCUAGAUGCGUCUGUUCAGUCGUAGGUUACAAAAUACCUCAAAAUGUGGUAUCAACAAAUAAAUGGCACACAAGGGGCAGUAGAGUAGGUCACUGCUGUUCUCAUUGCAUUUUGAUAUCUUCUGUAGUCUACUACUGAACAGACCCACAGCAUUAUGGAAUCUAUCUGUUUUAUUAAUGAUAAUUAAAGAGCAAAAUGUUGUUAAUAAUGAUGUCAUCUACUUGUCUGUUCACUAAUGCUAAUGGAUCAUAGAUAAGAACCAUGCAAAGCAUAGUUAUAACUCAGUAUACUUUUUUCUUAUGUAUUUAUAGAAAAGACCUAACUAAUAGCACUGGAGGGGUAGGUGCAAUAAACAUAGAAACAGAGUAGAGAUAGGGGAGCAAUCUCCUCAACAAAUAGUUAAAUGGGUUAAGUUUCUAUAGAAACUAUGUUGCUAUGCUAGUGGGGGUAUUACAAGAUGAUCUAGCUUAAUCAAUUGAAUCAACUACCCUGAAGAGAUUCUAAAGCUGACAUUUUUAGCAAUAGCUCUUUAUCAGAGUAAAUAUCCCCAGCAGAAAGGAGAUCACCUUGGCAACCAAGUCAUAGCCUACCUUCAGGCACUUGUCAACAAAACAACAUCAUAUUGAUGCAUAUAAUUACCCACACACAACCCACAAUUCCUCCAAUCACUGUGAAGAAAGGCUAACAUUGGAAAUCUUGGCUUUUAGAGUCUUUUAUGGUGGCCAAUUUACAUCAUGAACUCGUUGAUAAUACUAAAUUACCCACUCACUCAUCUGUUGAAUGAUGUACCGGUAAUGUGCUUUAAUUUAUUGUAUAUUCUCAAAGGACUUUGAACCCUACAUCUAGCAUCCUAUUUCUUGUUACAAUAUCACUCCCGAAUCACAUAUUUAGGUAAAGAGAAUAGAGGAAAUAGUCACCAACUGAAGAAGCUCUUGAUUGUUGGACAAAUUCUUCUCAUCAGCAUCUUAGGAAAUGUGUAGAGAAUGGUGUGGAGAAUAUGAAAGCUGAUAUUGGGUUGCAAAGGGUUUAAGGCUUCCUGGUCCUUUCAGAGAAUGGACAAGUGCUUAUGAGAAAUAAUAAGGCUUGUUUCAUUUAGAAUAUGAAAAUAGCUCAAAAUCUGUCUUCUUUUUUUAAUUUGGUAUGUGUGGCAUGGGCUAUCAGUUCUUGGCUGAAUUCAGAAUUGCACUAUAAAAAGUUCUCUUAAUUGGCUGAGCUGUAGCUCCUAAUCUAUUCAAUGGACUGGUUUAUCAUGUGCUGAUAUAUCAACAAUAAAUAUAGCAGCAUUGUCAAUGUGAUUCCAUCAACAGCAAAACCUUGCUCCCAUAAACAAAAUCCUUGAGUUGAGAAAGAAACUUUCCAGGAUUUUCUGAGCCCAUCCUGUUACAUUUGCACCUCAAAGGAGAUUGUUGCACCACACUCAAUUUUUACAACACUUAUCUUCCAUGCUAGACAUGUGUGAAAUCCUUUGAGAAAGUUGGCUUUGAGCAUUUAAAAUAUUUCUGUAAGAGCCUAAGAAACUACAUCCUACCUCACUUGAAAUGAAGUGUGGAAGAAAAAUGUUAUCAAUUACUGAUUAGCAUGCUUUCUUAAUUCAGAUGGGAGCAAUGUUCAGAAUUCGAGGAAAAGGUGAGUUUAAGUACUAUUUAAGAAUGCUAUUUGUUUGUGAAAUGUAUUAAAGUCAGUCAUAUAUUAGCCAAAAAUUUUACUUUUUACACAUAUCAGUCACCUGUAAUGCCUGUAGAAAUCAAUUUUGUGUCAAAAUAAUCAUUCUUUUUUGCUUCAUGUGAUGGUAUUCAAUUGAGAGAAGAGUAUAAGUAUAAAAUAAUUUCAAAUUGUCAUUUUGCACUGAAACAGACUACAUGUUGAAUAUUUGACAGCUGAAAAUCUGCCUCAUCAUGUAGGGUAUACUGCAUCAUGAACUUGCAGGUGUACAUAGGAAAUAUUUUAAUUUGUCAAUCUUGAGUAGGGUUAGAGGUGUUAGGCAGGAUCUAAUACAAAAAAGAGCUGUGAAUAAAGUAAAAAAAGGCUCCAUGAAACUUUUACCUUGUGGCAUGUAAAACUUAGGUGGUCAAUUAUUAUUGUGCUCCAGUGGGCCUUUCCAUUCUAACUUCAAUAAAGGUCAUAUUUUUAUUUAUUUUUAGAAAGUUGAAACAUCAGAGUGGAAGUGUGUCAGGAAAAAGCAAGGUAAUAGUUGAAAUAGUUCCAAGAGAUCACUUCUGAGAAUAAAUAUGCUUACCAGUAACUGGUAGUCUUUAUUCAUGAAUAUUGUUAUCAUCAGGAAACAUUACAGUCCAGUACCAAUCCUAUUUUAAUUUGUACAUGUAUUUCCCUUUGUUCCUUGUACUUUGCAGAAAAAAAAAGGAAUAAAGUCAAAGUAGUUUGAAUUCAUUUUAUGCCCAGAUCAUUAAAAGUCUCAAUUUGAUGUAUUCUACAAUAUCAUUUAAAAUAAAGCGGGUUAUUCAUUGUAUGUCUGAUUAAAGUAAUAAACACUGAACAACUGGCCCAGGGGGAAACAGUGAGAAUUGUUUCCUUGGACCAUCAAUGUUGCCUGCUGGUAUGCCUUGAGGAACGUGUUAGGUCUGGGGAAACAAAACCCACUGUUAGCCACGGGGUCAGUCAUUAAGUGUUCUGUUAUAACUCCUUACUUAAAAGAGGAGCAAGGUGAGGCAUUUUGUGUUUUAACACUUGGCCUUGCAGAAUUUCCUGAGAAUUGGAGUUAAGGUCUGUUUUGUUUAGAUCAGGAAAGCUUUUGUCCAAAUUUUGCUUUUUGCAGGAGUCUUUCAAAAUUUACAUGGCAUUGUGGGUGUAGAUUAGGAGCUUUUAACCCAGAGAAGCUGUUGAAUUACUUAAGUUCUUGUUUGAAAAAUCUUUGUGACCAUGACUUCAAAAAAAUUUUCUCUGUGUGCGCUGUAACACAAAUUGGUGGGAGUUUCAAGGUGCCCAACCUCAGAUCAGUUGUGAGUCAGUUGUUGUUUCCUGGGGAGUUAAAUAAAUGUGUUUUGACCCAUGGCUGGUAAUUAACAUAAGAGAGAUGAGUGAAAAGUUGUGGUUGUCAGGGGAAUGGCUGUGGAAAGAGAAUAUGUUUAUCAGUGAUAAAAUAAGAAAAAUUAUCAUCUUUUAUCAGCUACAAAAAAUAGCUACCAGAUUCAUGUCUUGCAAAAAAAAUAGAAAUCCUGAAAAUUAUUUUGAUACAAAGAUUUAAUGGCAAUCUGCUUGACAGGCUAAAAAAUGUGCAAGAGAGUGGCUUGUUCAUUUAAAGGUCCUAGUCCAUAGCUAUUGCUCCGUGUUUGAGAACAUAAGGCUGAGGUAGAGGUUUUAAAUCUACACACCUAAUCCAAAUCAGAGGGUUUUUGUCUUUGUGUCUUCUUUCUGCUGUCAAAAAGCCUGGCGCAAACUAUGUCAUGUGCAGACCACUUUGAAGCCUGCUACAUAAAGUGGGUAUACAAGUUGUAAGAUAUGGCUGGAACUGAUUGCUUGGUUUUUUAUAACUUUAAUUUUUAAAUUAUUUCCAGUCUGAGGUGAAGAGCUCUAAGAAGGCAAGGUAGUGUACAUUUAUCUUAUUUUUCAAUCUUAUUGAAAAUUUCCUAGUCAUGGUUUAUCUGCAUGUAAUUCAGAGGUAUUAUUGUGUUAUUUUCAUCCCCUUGGGAUCACCACAGAUGGUGCAAGAUACCAGAGCUUUAAAGGAAACUUAAACUCCACAUAUACACAUAUUUUGGGGUAAAUUUCAAACUGUUUUUUUUUUUAAAUAAGGCAGAGAAUAUACAGUAUCCUAGAGCAUGAAAUGUAUCAUAGCAAAACAAACCAUAGAGAAUGUAACAUGUCAUGUCAAUUUAACACUUUCUAGUAAAAGACACAUCUGAAAACUGCUUUGGAGCUCAUCAACAUAGUCCCUCACUUGUACAUUUACAUCAACAAUGGAUACUUAGGUUUGCUCAAGAUAAUUUUUUCACAACACAAAUUAUUUGGUGGAUUGUAACUUCCAAACUCUUUUGUUGUCCCUUGAACCCCCUUAAAACAGACCUGUAUGGUAUUAUUGUUCAAAACAGAGUCAUGUUUUGUUAUUGUGAUUAAAUACAUGGAUAAUGAAGUAUUAAUAUUUGUCUCAAAGGUUUGUCUGUAUUUUGAUCCAUAAGUGGUGAAUAUUAAUUGGUGCAUGAUCAUUUGUAUUUUUGAUAGAAUGAAACGAUCUUUACCUGAUGCUGAAGAGACACAGGAAGCUGAAGAAUCAAGUGGUUUGUUUGUAACUAAUGCUUUUUAAUAAAAUUGUAUAGAGAAGAAAGUAAAAACUGGAAAGCAUGCAGGCUUAGAAGAUCUGAUCACAAGCAGUACUCCAAGUUGCAAGCAAUUUAGUCACUAUUCACCCAGUUUCUAAGCUAUGGCUGUUCUUAUCAUUUUCAGGUGAAGAAUUUGUUAAGUUAAAUAUCAAGUCAAAGUAAGACACUAAGCUGUUAAUCAUGAUUGUAGUGUCAUCAAAAUACAAUUGCUGCUUUUUUGUUGUUGUUUUCAAUCAAUUAGUUAAAAUGAUAAUAGCUAGUGAACAUUGUCCAUGUUAUUGAAUGAAUAUUGUUUGUGUCAGGAAUUAUAACUUACUUUAAGUUAUAAUUGUUCAGUCCUUUUAGUGAUAGCAAUGCCAACUGGCUAAAACUUGCUAAGAAGGAUGGGGAAGGUAGUGAUGACCAGGAUGAUUUAAUGGUAAGCACAUGCUAUAGGCACUUAAAUUGAUGAUGUUUUGAUCAUUUGUAAUUGGGCUGUUGUAGUAUACGUUGGUAUGCUAUUGAUUGUACAAAGUCAGUAUUUAACUACUAUGGUCUGUUCUGCAUCAACAAAAUCUGAAGGUCCUGGAUCUAGUUACCGGUACAAUCAGUGAACAGUUCUCAUGCUCCACUUCACCAUUGGCUCUUGGCCACAAUAGUGUAUUGUGGUGGUAUAUAUGAUAGCCAUUUUCACUAGAUACGUCUCCUUCUCCUCUGACACAAAUUUGGACCCAAUAUAAGUUGCUAAACCAACCAACACACCAUACCUUGCAAAAUGGCUGUCAAGACAUUUGAUAAUUGUAACAUUUGUAGAAGGGAGCACAUCUACUUCCAUCCAUCUUGAUAGAUAAUCUACUUCAAAUAGUGAGUGUUAUCCUGUGGGUAAGGGCCCCAACAUAUCUGCUGUGAUCUCCUGCCAGGCUCUCUCUUGUGAGCUUAGUAGGAAGCUUGCUUUGACACCAACUGACAACCAAAAUAUUCCCUACAUUCCUACAUUUCCUCUCUUCAUCUUUGUUUUAGCUGGGCCACCAAACCUUUGUUCUCAACUGGCCGUUGGUUUUCAUGAUUCCCUGGUGACCUACAUGGGCCAAUUCUAGAACACUCUUCCACAGCUAUCUGGGAACCUUUCAACAGAACCUGGCCAAUAUAAGUUAAGUCACCACCUACUAGGGAAAAGGCUUUUGAAGCCUCACUCCAGUCACUAGUCUCCAAAGACUUGUGUGCAAGUGCUUUGCCGUCAAACAAAACUUCUUCAAUUUCCUCAAUCUUCAAGGCCAGAGGCUUUGCCUACAGUGGAACUGAAACACACAUGUUUUUAAUCUGCAACAUGUCCAUUUGACGCAUUUCAACAUUAAUCAUGAGACAUCUUCAAUAUUAUCUCUGGAAGUGAUGUAAUGAACUAUGUAAUUGUAGGGUUGUAAUCUCAACACCCAAUGUUUAAUGGGAGUGGAUGGCUUUGAUCUGUGGCCAUAGAUGGUCUUUAAUGCUUGAUGGUCAGUCACCAAGUCAAACUCUGGGAGGCCAUACAAAUGCAAAUAAAAUUACUGGCAGGCCCACGCAAGGGCUAGUGCUUCUUUCUCUGUUUGAGUCAUUGUUUGUUGUAUCUUGUACUAGGAAAGUAUCAAGUGUAACUGAGCUGGUGUCCACAGUGACCUGUGUGUGGGCUUUCUAGUUACAGUAGACUAACAUGGAUGCUCCUGUCAGAUCCCUUCUUAGCAUGUUGAAAGCCUCCUUUUGUGCUUUCCCCCAGACACAGACAAACUUGUCUUCUUUCCAGCAAAGAAUUCUCAGGGCACUUGCUUCUUUCACUGCUUACACUUUCUCCUCUAUGGGGCCAAUGCUAUGCUCUGAAAGGAGUAUUCUCAUGAAAACAACUUUGUUCAAUCAGAAGGUACACUCCACCAUUCAUGGUAAGUUUCUUAUCUUUCAUCCCAGCCAAAAGCUUUUGCAGUUUUCUAUCAUGUUCAGCAACAGUCUUACCAUGGACAACUAAAUCAUCAGCAUGUUUACAUCUGCAUCAACAUCUGCAAUGACUUGUCUGAUGAUGUGUUCAUAUUUCUCAGGAGCUGCAUUUACCUCAAAACUCAGCCUCUAAUAAUGAAACAAACGCUUGUAUGUGAGAAAGGUAGUAAUCCACCCUCUCAAUGAUAUCAGCCUCUAAAAGUUCCUCUAUCAUAGCUUCCACUUUUUCACAUAGUGCAAAUGGUAUCCCCCUCACCUUUUGUGCCCAUGGUGGUACAUUUGGCCAUACAUGUAACUUCAAUUUCAGCUUUCCAAUUCCUAUGAACACCUUAGGGUAUUGAGCUUUCAGUGAUUCAGCAAAGUCACUCUUUAUCUCAUUGCAUUUAUCACCCCCGUGGACCAACUCUUGGCCCAAUGCGAAGGACACCAAGUUCCUGUUCAAUAACAUUUCCCAGAAUGCAAUACCCUUCCUUGACCACAAGGUUACUUCAAUAUUUCCAGCAGAAAUUUCAGCUUCAGGUUGGCCAAAAAAAUUAAUUUUCCUUUCCACCAUAUAUAGGCAAAUGGUUUCUUUGGACAAUGCUUAAUGUCCCCAUUAAAACCUGCAAUCCUCAACCUCUUAAAAUUUUCUUCCCUAAUCAAGCUGCUUACAGAUCCAGAAUCAAUCAAAAUUUCCUGAGCAGCACCAUUAAUACUCACAUUCAUCAUAAUCUCACUUGAGGAUAUCGAUGACACCCCACAGACAUAUUCUUAGUUAUCCUCAGUCACCACAAAAGCAAAGGCAGGGUAUUCCUUACCACAACUGUUGCCCUCCAGAUGAUCUUCAACAUGAUUUGUCUGUCUUCCUGAUUGCUUUUUGUUGUCACACGCUUUCUUUCAAUUGGCCUCUCUCCCUUUCUCAUUCAUUUGCAAGGUAGGCUCAAAACAAUGUUAAAAAUGCUGAAAAUCUUUGGAUUUCAUCGUAACAAUGGCAACUUCUUUGUUGAAAGAAAAGCCUCUGAGUCAGCUUUUGAUUUUCUUAUAGAAGCUUUGAAGCUAUUUAAACUACUCAAAACAUCAAUCAUUUUGUUUAUAUAAUUCCAUAUGAGGGGUCCUCUAUACCUUAAGGAAUUUCUUCUGACCUCAGACCUAGGUCUGGGUGUAAAUAUCUGAUUUAUAGCUCAUAGAGGUUUACCAGAGACUUUCUUCAAAUACAGUUCAUCAGGCCAAAAAGACAGGGAAUUAAAAUAAACCUUGUGCAUGAAUACAAGGACAUAUUUUUUAUGAAAAUAAGAGACAGAGGGCCAAUGAGAAUUCAAAAGACAAUCAAGGUUGAAAAUAAUUCUCUCUUCUCUCAAAUGUGUCGAUUCCAGAGAAGAAAAAAGGGCUGUAGAGCAGUUUCCCCAAAUUAAAAUACAAUAAAUUAGACUCAGAAUUAUUGUCUUGAAAUAAAUCUCUUGCAAAGUCUUUACAGGCAGGUACUUCAUUUGUUUUGCUUUAACCCUUUGCACAAAAGACUUUCGAACUUGAGAAACAUGCUCAGACCAUGAAAGUCUACAAUCAGACUGUGCCACACCCCAGUGAAUAAGUGCACAAUUCCAAUAAUUUUUAAAAAAUAUGUUUUAUUAUCAUUGUUUAUCAUAUGUUCUCUUUUAGCAAGAUGAUGAUUUUAUCAGUGAUGAUUACAGCACUAGUAAACAAAAUGACAGUAAUACUGAUGAUGAUGAAAAUGUUAAUGAAGAGGAUGAUGAUGAUGAUGAUGAUGAUGAUGAUGACAAGGAUGAUGAUGAUGAUGAUGAUGAUGAUGAAGAUGAAGAUGAUGAGGAGGUUGACACAAUAGGAUCUUAAUAAGAACUUUUUACAUUGCUAUGUAAACAUCAUCACUCACCAUGCUUACAUGUAUUAGAUAAAUCCAUCUAUUCACAAUUAAUGAAAUACUCCAAUCCCCCUGCCAACCAAGAAAAAUAAAUUUCUAGCCGACAUUACUAACAGAUAGCUAGGUAUUAGAAAUUCCACUCCAAGCCAAGGCUUUUAUUUUUCAUGAUAUUAAAAAUAAAACCAUGCUCUAUGACUCGUACAUAUAAUUCAUAAAGUCUUAAUUUGUAGGUGUUGCAGAUGUUCUCUUAACACAGUUUUUUAUAAAUACAAAUGAGUUGAUAGUGGCCAAUUUAUUUAGAUGUUACCCAUAGAAAGGAAAGCUAAAAAGCUCGAUGAGAAAAAAGCCAAAGACAAGUAAGUAUAUUUAUCUGUAGCUCAGACAUUUUAACAAAGCUAGGGGCCAAUGUUAACCAUUCACUUCUGAGAGCAAAGUGUCUCUCACAAGAAAAUUCAGCAGGGACUCAUCAGAUGAACCCAAUUGUUUUUCCCACUUGUGAACAUCAUUGAUAAUGAAAACUCCAAAGCUCAAAACAGGCUAUAGUUUAUGUACAGUAUAUCUUGUAUAUGUGUGAACUCCUAAAUACUUCUUUUCAGUUAGUCCUUUUUUUUACUAAUUUUAAUUGUUUGAAUUCAACUUUUUCUUAUUGGUUGUAACUUGAUGUGACGUGAUUAUCCUUUUUCAUAAGGGCCUUAGCUGAAGAAGAGCUUAAGACUAACAUCACUGAAACUGAAGUGUUUGUGCUUCCAAGUGGACAGGAAAUAGAGAAAGAAGGUAUAAACAAGCCAAUUACAACAAUUUACUCUUCAGUGAUUACAACAUGUAAAAUGUUAGAUUGGAUUGAUUUUAAAAAAUGGUAAUCUGAAAAAAUUGGAGUGAAAUUUCUGCCUCACUUUUUUUUUCUUUUUGGUUAUUCAAAAACCACAUUGUCAUUACUUGAUAAACUUUCUUUUUCUUUUUGGUUAUUCAAAACCACAUUGUCAUUACUUGGUAAAACUUUUUUUUUCUUUUUGGUUAUUCAAAACCACAUUGUCAUUACUUGUUAAACUUUCUUUUUCUUUUUGGUUAUUCAAAACCACAUUGUCAUUACUUGGUAAACGUUAUUUUCCUUUUGGAUGGGACAAAGAAAAGAUUCAUCCUGCACUCAUGACAAGACAAAAAACAUCUUUUUCUAUUUCUUUACCAAGUUAAAAACUUACCAUCUCUCUAAUUUCCAUUUACGCACAUUAUGCCAUCAACAUUGCUGAUCUUAGCAGUAUGUAGGACGUGUGUCAUAUGAACUUCAUAUUAGACCUGGCUCACCAUGGAGUCUCUGUGGCUCAGUGGUAGAGCAUCAGAGCAUGAAAUCUGAAGGACUGAGGUUCAAUUCCUCAUGGGGACUCAGACUUUUUUUCUUUGUCCCACACUCGUGACAAGACAAAAAACAUCUUUCUCUAUUUCUUUACCGAGCCCAAAACUCACCAUCUCUCUAAUUUCUAUCUUCAAACAAUAUGCCAUCAACAUUGCUGAUCCUAGCAAUAUGCAGGACGCAUGUCAUAAGGACUUCAUAAUAGACCUCGCUCACCAUGGAGUCUCUGUGGCUCAGUAGUAGAGCAUGAGAGUGCAGAAUCUGAAAGUCUGAGGUUCGAUUCCUCAUGGGGACUCAGAAUUUUUUCUUUGUCCCACACUUAUAACAAGAUGAAAAACAUCUUUCUCUUAUUCUAAUGGUGCUUUCUCUAAUAGGAUACUUGCAUCACUUUCAAUAAAAGUGUGUUUUGAUUCUAAAUUGGAGCAAAGGUUGAUCUUGCAAAUGUGAUGGGAAAUAAAGUGUAUGGAAGUUCAAAGUGGAAAUGGACUCAUAUAGUAAAGACUAUAAAAUCUAUUAUUAUGUUUUAGUUUACAUUUUGUGUUCAAAUCUCUUACUUGGUUGGUUUUUCCACAAUAGACAAUGUCACUCCUGAGUAAGUUGUAUUGAUAGAUGUAUUAUACAUUCAAUUUUAUCUUUUUCCUCACAGCAAAUGAACAUACAGAUUUAGCUUUGAUCAAUCAAAGAAUAAGGGAUAACAUACAAGCACUCAACAACUUUAAUACAACACGUGAACCUGGCAGGUAAUAAACAGAGAUUUCAUCAAUUCUUGGAAUAAGUUAAAGAAAGCUGUUCAUCAGGACAUCAUGUUUAACAUUUCCCGGCCUUUGUUUCCAAAUACUGGUGCAACUAGAAAACAGCUUUAAAUGCAGCGUGACCAAGUUAACUGACCCUUGGAAAAAUGGCAGUAGAAUGAUUUCCUUGCUUAAAUGGAAGAUGGGUGCCCCGGGUAACCAGGGUCUUUCACUUUAGACAGCUAGCCCCUAGAUAGGACAUUGCCCUUGUGGUUGACAAAUUUCUUGGUUGAACACUCAACUUAUAUCAGCUCCAAUUAAAUCCAAGGAAGGGAAAACAACAUGUGGGGGUUGGGAAGGGGAAUGUGGGAAAACUUCUAAUAGCACUCUAUACUACUGGUGACUUUAUUAAACUUUUUGACAACUCAAAGGUACCAGCUGUAAGGGAGGUCUGAUUGAUGUUUCAUGUUAGCAUACACUUGUGAUGAUGAUCCCCAUACCCAGAAGUAGUCUACUUAAAGCUUGUUGAAGUUAACUUUGUUCAAUUGUCCUUUGAGUUGUCUUUGAAAAAUGACCAGUUGACAUUCAUGUUAGUUUUUAUUUUUUUUCAAUGAAAUGUUUUUGUAUGAUCCAAGUCAAUACAACUUGAUAUACUAUUAGACCAAUUUUUAAACAUAUCAUUCUGAAUAUAGGUAAGGAACUGUUUUUGAACCAGAAAAGCUGUUGCAGAUUUUUAACUUUUUUUACUCUCAGUUUUCAAGUAAUUAUCCUUCAGUUAUAGAAAUGUUUACAUUGCUCACCUACAGGUCACGACAGGAAUAUGUGGAACUACUUCUUAGUGACCUUUGUAAAUACUAUAGUUAUGGAAAAUUUCUGAUGGAGAAAUUUAUGGACCUUUUCCCCAUAAAUGAGGUAACAAAGCUAUAACUUCCUUGAUUGAAUCUAACCUUACCAGGUGGAAUAUUAAAUACAUUAAUGAUUUACAACCUGCAAUAAAAUAAACAUGUACAGGGAGAUUAGCAAUAACAGUACUGUGGCCUCUAAUUCAAUACUUAUUGUGUUCUCACCUUCAUCGCUCUACUUUGUGGUGUUUGACAGUUUUGUUAAUUUGUGACAAGUUAGCUGGUGUAAAGUAUAGUCUGUGAGGUGGUAGCUAGGAGCAAACCCGGAACAUAUUGAUGAUAGAGAUCAGAUACCUACUCAUUAUAUUUUGAUAAGCUAUGACAGAGGAACAACCCACCCACCAGCCUGUUAUUGAGCAUGACCCUUAUACAGUCAGGCAAACAUUUGGAAUGUUGAAAUCAUAUGUUUAAAAUAUUUCCAAAAGUUUAGGACUAACCUCUCGCUAAAAGCUCUUGGUUUUAAUAUUUGUUGAUGCCUUCUUAGUUGGUAGAAUUCCUUGAGGCAAAUGAAGUUCAGAGGCCCAUCACUAUUAGAACAAAUACAUUGAAGUCGAGAAGAAGAGAUCUUGCACAGGUUGGUUAAUUUAGUCAACAGGUUUAGUGGUAGAUUUUUGCAGUUGACUGAAAGACAACUAUAUUCUUUAUUUGAGUGUCACUGGAGGAUCAGAGUUAGUAUUGUUUAUAGAAAAAGAACCAAAUAUAUUACUGAUAUAUUAUGUCAAGUGGUCAUGCAACUUUAUUACAUCCAUUUUCAAAAUACUGGUGAUCCUUGCAAUUUGAUUGGUUCUCAGCAGUGCAAUUUUUUUCUUGAAUCACACAAUUUUUUCUCUAAAUUGGAUCUUCCUUUUUUCAAGCCAAUGAGAAAGCAAUGCUGAAACAAAACAAUCAAUACAACUUUCAAGAUUUGUUCACUAAAUGUAACUAAAUCAAAUUGAAGAGAUAAGAAUUCAAAAUUCUGAAGUCAUUGAGUGGCAAAAUUUUGCUUCUUUUGUCGCCAAUAUUUUUCUUGUUUUAUGAAAAAAUAGAUGAACUUGCUUUCUGUAUCUGCCUUUUUUAAAACCUUUCAACCCCUAAGAGUGCAAAGCAUUUUAUUUUCCCUUAAAAUAUUACCCCUGAACAAAGAAAAUGAUCAUCAACAAAAGAAGCUCUUGAUUGUUGAAAAAAUUACCCUUGUCACUACCUUAGGAAACCUAUGGAUAUCAGUAUGGAGAAUAUGGAUAUUGACAGUAGGGAGUAAAGGGUUUAAAAACCAGAUCACUACUGUAUCAAUUAAAUUGUGCUUUUACAAAUGGAUGUUCAGUAAUGAAGUGGUAAUGGAACUUUGUGUUUUGCAAUUUUGGUCUGCAUCAUACUGAGUCUUGUGAUUUCAAAUUAGGUCACUAGCACUUUCAGUUUUGAAAUCAAGCAUUUAAUUUUAGACCAAAGUGUACUCCACUCAGUUUAAUUAGCAUUUUUAACUAUUACAAUUAUUUGUACAGUGCUCUUUCUGAAAAACAUAUCAGAGGUAGUACUAGAAUUGAUACAAAAUACUUAUCACUUUUCAUUUGUUUAACCCUCUAGGCCCUUAUAAACCGUGGGGUAAAUUUAGACCCAAUUGGCAAAUGGUCUAAGGUUGGACUUGUUGUCUAUGACUCUUCUGUACCAAUUGGUAAGGAAUAAAAUAGAGAAACAUAGUUUGAUAUAAUUUUGAUGAUCAAAAUUAAUCCAAAUUUUAAGUAUCAAUUUAAGAAUUUUAUUAUUCAAUUUUUCUUGAGAGAAAGCUUUAAGUGAGCUAUUCGCAAAACUUCUAGUAUCACAGUGACUGUAAUUAUUAAUCAGAUCUUUCAAACCUCCUUUAACAUAAGCAGGAAAAUGGUGCAUAUUUGAAUAACUUAUUCAGAAAGUCAGACGUGUAUCAUUUUGAAACUUUCUUUCACAUGUUAUUGCAGAAUGAUAAUCUGAACACAUAAAUUUAAACUUUAGACAAUUUUGUAUUUCCUUGAUUGUUUGGUAAUCCCAAAGACAUGAAACAUUUUAAGCACUUUGGUUAACACUUGAAAGUGGCAAAAUAGUUCACAACUCAGUCUCACAAAUCCAAUAUGCUGGUCAAGGAAAAAUUCAUUAAAAUAAUCAAUCUUCAACAUCACUUUACUAUUACUAUUUGUUUUCUGUAAUUUUCCAACAAUCAAUAGAGAAAGAAGUAUUGUUUGAACUGUGUUGUAUUUAAAUCUCCAAUUUCAAAUUUUUUAUUUUUUCAAUGGUCAAAAUCACAGCAUACAAUUUUUUUUUAUUUUUUAUUUUUACUAAAUACAUAUCAGUAUAUAACCUUUUUGUUUAUUAAAACAUCUUUUACGUAGGAGCCACCCCAGAAUAUCUAGCAGGACACUACAUGUUGCAAGGGGCAUCAUCAAUGCUCCCAGUUAUGGCCUUGGCUCCUCAGGAGAAAGAACGGAUAUUAGACAUGUGUGCAGCUCCUGGUGGCAAAACUACAUACAUAGGUAAAAGCUAUGUUGCAGAGAUAAAACUUAAGCUUAUUGCAGCAUUUAAUUAUUGAUUUACAUGACUGAAAUGUCAAUUCAAUGCUGAAAGAAAAAUGUCCUUCAUGAUUUCAUGAAUUUUUCUCUUUAUUUCUCUCUUUCUUUUUUCCAUUUUCCAUUUUUGGUUCUUUCAGCAUCACUCCUAAAGAACACUGGACUGGUGGUUGCAAAUGAUGCUAAAAAGGAAAGAACAAAAGCUUUAGUUGCUAAUAUUCAUAGAUUAGGUAAGUUUGUAACAAUUAACUUUGGACACAGUGCUUUGCAUUAAUCAUACAACACAUGUAGGACCAAUGUGCUGAUCAAUCCAAAGCUUCAACAUCCCCCCAUCCCCUGGGGCAUUUGUGCUCCACACAACUUUUUGUGAAAGGCCCUGCACCCUGCCAUGAUCUUGGGCCAAUAUUUCUUAAUACGGCCCUUGUACUUGGUUAGUGAGAAGUUGAUACUUAAGAUUUCAUUUCAUCCACACAGAAAGGAACAGGAAUCUAGUUACAAGUAUUUUUUGGAGAGUUUUUUUUUAACUAGCACCUUUGUGAUCCUCCCUUAGAAUUAUGCCUUAUCUUGUUACUACUUCAUAGUUUGAACUUACUGCACAGUUAUUUUAAUUCAUUUCUUUGUGAGACUUUUCAAUGUUGACCAUUAAUUUGUUUCCUUUUCUAGGAAUAAGUAACACCUUGGUUUGUCAUUAUGAUGGUCGAGCAUUUCCAAAGGUAUGUAGUAUAUGAUUAUGUAAAACUCUCAAGCCUCAAUAUUUUGUUAAGUCCUUUGCUUCACUUUUUAAGGUUGUAACGGACUUCUUUUGAGAAUGGGGUCAAAUCCUUGAUUGGUGAUAAAAUAAAGGUGAUAAAGUAAAGGUUUUGGCCUCGACUACAGUCAUGGUCAGGCUUGUAGUUUUGAUUAUUAUUUAAACUACUGACAGAGUUGAUUUAGAACCUAUAAAAUUGAAUAACCAGUAUUAAGAUACCUGCUUAUAUGUGUUGAUGUUGUCUUUUUCUUUUUAAGCUCAUUGUGGGGUUAGUUGUACAUAUGAUUUAUUUCUACAACUGAGUGAGGAAUGCCUCUUCCUCUGCUGUAGCUGUACUCCCAUAAUUUUGGCAUUCCUGAUUAAACAUUCUUCACUUUCAGGUAAUGGCAGGUUUUGACCGUGUUCUUCUUGAUGCCCCAUGCAGUGGAACAGGAGUCAUAUCAAAGGAUCAGUCUGUUAAAAUCAAUAAGGUUUGUCUUUCUCUAUUAAUAAUUAUUAUUAAUUGUAUUUUAUGUGUUAAGUUCAUAUAAACUGAUUAUUGGUACUUAAACAGAUUUUUGUACUAUAAUUCUUUCAAUUUGAUCAUGUUGCAUAAAAUGAGAUAACUUUGAUUCUGUGUAUGUGCCAUUUUUUUCACAUAUAUUGUAAGGAAUAAUGAUGAUAAUAAUAACAGUGAUAACAACAUCAAUAAUGAACAAUUAUUUAAGAAAUUGGAAGCAGACAUGCAUUACUUUCUCUUAUACUCAAGGUAAAUAAUUUAUUGAUUCUUAUUAUUCUGUCAAUGUACCAAAAAAAUGGAUCAGAAUCUAAGUACUGAAUAGCACACUUUUUUGCAAAUCACUUGAGAGCUAGUGAAUCAGCAUGUGCAAAAAGUGCUAUACACCUUUGUGGUGUAUACUGUUAACAAAUAUUUUAAUGAGAUUGGUUAACCCAUUGGGUCUCAAAACACUGCUUUUAUCAUGUUCCUGUAGAUUAAACUAGUUGUCAACUAAGAGAUGAAGAAUAGGAUAAGAUAAAAACGCUUAAAAGAAUUCUUCAUUUGCUUCAAAAAGUUCAUUAAUACUUUCUUGAAUUAAAGUUCAAGUUCAGUUCAGAGUUCAUUGAAAUUGUGGCUCCUUGAUGUUAUCACCUUAAAAAAAAUAUAUAUUAAACCCUUAGCCUGUUUUUUUUCAUAAGUUUUUUCUGUGUUUUGUUAUUUAGACUGAGAAAGAUAUUCAUCGGUGUUCUCAUAUUCAGAAAGAACUCAUUCUGUCUGCUAUUGAUGCUACAGAUGCUAAGUCACCAAGUGGUGGAUAUAUUGUUUACUCCACCUGUUCUGUUUUGGUAAGUGUUCAUUGCACUGCUUAAUAACUCAGCCAUUUCAAACAGAAGUUUAUUUGGCAGUCAUAAGUUGUGCUUUUGUAUCAGUUAGACACUUAGAAAUGUCUGAAGAGAGCUUUUUGCUAAGACCUUAAUAGCAGAGCUUGCAGAGCGUAGCCCCAUAAUUAUACAAAAUAGUAGUAACCCAUCAAGCCAAAAAAAUUUGGAUGUACGACCGUAUGACCGUACAACCAUUCAAGGUGCUACUUUUAACAUGCGUGGUCAAAUGUACCACACCAACGCCAUGGCUUUAUCCAGUAGUCCAGUGGUCAGUGCACUGGGCUCCAAGUCAGAUGACCCAGGUUCUAGUCCUGGCUGGGGCAAGGCAUUGUGCCCUUGAGACAUGCAGGGAAAAAAAAAUGCAAGCCCCACUUUUAGACUUGGCUAAAUCUACAUGUUAUAGUUGACUGUCAACUAGAAGCCAUCUAUAAUAUUCAUUACUCCUACACUAUUCAAAUACUACAUCAAGAAAAUUGUUACAAACCUUUGAUUGACUAAGUUAUCAGUUGAAAUCACUAGGUUAGUAGAGGUUUUAUUAUUUUGUUUCGGCUUUAUGGAUCAGUGUAUUGUCUUUGCCCUUUAUAAUAACUCAGCCAUUUUUAACAGAAGUAUUCUGGGCAGUCGUUAGUUGUGCCUUUGUUUCAAUUAGACAGUUAAUAAUGUCUAAAGAGAGUUCUGUGCUGAGAUCAUAAAAUAAUUGACUGUCAACUAAAAGUUAAUAAAUAUGGAUGAUUGUUCACCACCAACUUGAAGGUGGUCACCUGUCAAGGUGAAAGGUGCUUCAAGGUGCUUGAAAUUUCAGUAAUGCUCAAUAUUCACUCUCCUUCAUCGUUCAUAUUCUAUAUCCAGGCAUUUACUGAGAACCUUUGAUUGACUAAGUUACCAAAUGAUUGUUGAAAUCACUAGGUUAGUAAAGGGUAUAUUAGUUUGCAAUAGCUGGGGGGAUCAGUAUGUUUCAUAGUCUCAAAUAGGCUAAAAAUGUUGCUCCAUAGGUCUUUAACCAAUUACAGUUGUACCAAUAUUAUAUAUGUUAUGAUAUUUCAACAAUAAUGAUCAUUUUCAACAGGUGGAAGAAAAUGAGGCUGUGAUUGAUUAUGCUCUUAGCAAAAGACACGUAAAACUGGUAUCCACUGGGUUGGACUUUGGCCAAGAAGGAUUUUCAAAGUAAAAUCAACUUGAAAUUCUUUUGUCUUAAGUUAUUGAAAUUAAUACUGUACUAGCAAUGGAGCUGUUUGAUGUGACAAUCUUGUUUUCUAGAACUAAGACUAAGAUUUAAACAGAGAGAUCAUGGUUUGGGCUUGUCAUUUGUCUCCCACAAAGUGGGUAGACCAGAAAGAAACCCUGGGAUAAAUUUAGGUUGUAGACUGAGCACUUAUCACACAGUUAAUCACUGAACUGGUAACUUUGAAAUGAAGAGACAAAACUGUCGCAAUGGACUUUGCAUGGUUCAAGUGAGUUCAGAGUAGAGUAGAUCAUACGGCUUCACUCCGUUUCAUUUGACAAAAAUUAAUGGAAUUUGACAGUAACAUUGUUUUCUAAAGGAAUUAAAUUUGCAUAAAUAAGGACCCCCUAUUUUGUCAGCCAACUGUCUAUCAACAGUCAGCCAAUAGACAGCCAACAGAUGGCCGACACUAUCUUUCAAGAACUGUCCUUCACUUUUACUGGCGGAUAAUUAAAUUAAAUCGAACCAAUUUGGGCAAGUUUCACCAGCUAAUGCAAAAAAGUGGGCAAAAGCUGCAGUAGCUAUUGAGAGUACAGUGCAAGGUAUCUUUUUAAAAUGACUUUUCCCCUAUUCAUGUAGGUUUAGAAGCAAUAGAUAGGUAAAUGUUUAUGAUCAUUUCAGUUUAUGACCCAUCAAAAGGUUACCAACAAGUUACCAACAGGUUGCCAACAGGUCACCAACUUUCAGCCAACUGUUGGCAAAAACUUUGGUCUUAAACAUAACAAAAGCUGUCGGCAGACUGUUAGCCAACUGUUGGUCGAUUACUGGCCAACUGUCGGCUGAUUACUUGCCAACUGUUGGCCGACAGAUGGCCGACAGUCAGCUGAUAGCUGGCCAACAAUAUCUUUCAAAACUGUCCUUCACUUUUACCCAAAAUUGUAUUACACUCCGAAAACAUUUCUAAAUCAUAGAACCCCUUCACUGACCAGGGUUUUUAGCAACUGUUACAAAAAAAAAAACUGAAAAAGAAAAAGAAAGAAAAAAACAGAAAAAGAAACAGCAAGUCAGUAGACCACAGUGACAUCCUCUUGAGUUCCAGCUUAUUAUUUUAGCAGUUCUUGUUAGCUUGCAGCUGGUGUCCCUGGCCACACAACUUUUGUUUCAUCUUUACCUUAACCACAAAUUUUCACUCAGUGACAUUAUACCAACCCAAGUAUAACAAGUAGAAGUAGUUUGACUGGUGCUUGGUUAUAACAAUUUCUUUCCUAGGUUCAGGGGAAAACAUUUCCAUCCUUCCUUAAAAUUGAGCAAGAGAUUUUUCCCUCACACUCACAACAUGGAUGGAUUUUAUGUUGCCAAGUUGAAAAAAUAUUCCAACAAAAUUGCUCCUCAAGGUAAAAAGUGA